AUGUCAGAAAAAAGGAUCGUGCCACGUGGUAGCCUGGCAGAAGCCGCAGGUAUCACACCUGUGGCUCUCGACCAGAUCAUCUCCAUGAUCAAUCUGUUCCGUCCGCUUACUGUCGAUGACUUUCAGUUUCCGCCAGAACUCAAUACGAACGCCGACCUGUACACGUUCUACAAGAACUUAAUUCGUCCGCAACCCAGCUUGGCCGUCCAGGUCUACAUGCUGGUGGACACUGUACAAAGCGUGUUCACCGCUUCGUUCUGCUUACACGUCAUGUUCAAGAGAGGCAGAAUGCGUGAAACCAACUUCGUCACGCUGCGAAGGAGCCGACAUGGCGCAUUUGUUGUUCCCAACGCCGUGUGGGUCAUGCUCAUCUUUAUCGCCAUCUACUUGAUCGGAUGGGCUGGAUUCUGCAGCUAUAUGUUCUACGUCUCGUUCACGGACUUGCCUCUGAUCAAUUACCUUUUCUACAUUCCGAAUCCCUUCGCAAAACAAAAGAAUCUAGCAAACAACCGGAAACAAGAAAACUUGCAGACCUACGUGCCCAUGCACCGUACCCAGGAAUGGCUCAAAUCUGCGCCAAGCGCAGACGCGCUACUCAGCGUCAAGAUAGCAUGGACCGACCUGGCUAACGUGUAUCGAUGGGUUUGCGCGAGCAUUGCAACCUACCUGGUGCUAGUUGUCGUCGUGAUUGCGAUGCUCAUUCUGUACGCGAUUUCGAAUCACAUCUUCCUCCUCAAGCACCUCCUUCGGAUCUUCCCGGACCAGGAAUUCAAGCAAAAGCAGGAUCCUAGCAUUCUGUACACUCUGCAAGCGCUCUGGAAGAUUGGUCGGCCAAGCAGACUGCUUGGUGGUCAAUACUCUGCGUUCAAAAGAACGUGGAUGGUAACGGUGGUGGGAUAUUCGCAAACGCUUCUAGUACUUGCAGGCACCAUCACUUUCACGGUGCCUCCUUAUUACUUAUACUUCGUGCCUUGGGCGGGAGGGCUAAAGGGCCUUGGCUCAGCCAACCAGGUCGAGUUCGUUGUAGAAUACGUCAUCACAGGCGCCUUGAUCACAGCAGCCUGGAUCAUUGGACUUGCAGCGAUGUUGACGUACGACGACGUAUAUCGAGCCGUCGUGGGCACCUCUGCUCCGCCCUCCGAGGAUUCUUCGUUGACGAGGGUUUCCGGGCGUCUCUCAACGUCAGUUGCUCAGGACGGUGGCGAAAGCGCAGUGGAUAGUAUGGAGAUUAGACCUCUGCGUCCCAUGCUCAGUUUUGCUCCAACAACGACCGACUCUGCAUCGCGAGAUGAGAAGUCGGAGAUCUUGACAGACAAUCUUACGACGGCAGACGACAGGAAGAACAAGGUAUUCAUCCGAACGACAACGACGGUCCACAUCGAGCACCAAGACGCUUGGGACCUGGAGAGGCCGACAGAGUCGGUCAAGCAAGAUUCAGAAACAUCUCAGAUGGCCUCGCACAGCUUCCUUGGCAGGAAGCUAUACAGUCAUGAGUAG